UGGGUUUGAGCAAGUCUCUCUUAUUGUCUUGGUUUCCUUAUCCUUAUAAUAAAUAUGCUUGUAUCACAGGGUUUUUGAAAUCAAUGUACUGUGUUUUGAAGAUGUAAAGAGCUAUAAAAAUAAUGGUCUAAACCUCAGGACUUGCAGUAGCUACACUCCCCAGAACCACUUGUUUAAAUCCUGACAGUACUGACUUAGCCUGUUAUGUUUCUGUGGCAAAUAAAUUCAGUUCAGUGCAAUUUAGCCUGGGUCACUUUUGGAUGUGAUCUUUAAAACCAAGAUCCUGUCUGCUCUGUAUUCCUGCUUAGAAAAUAAAGAUACUUCUUUCCGCACUCUCUUGGAACAGUAUUUGCACACUCAAAUACUGAGUUUCAGCAGUCCUGCCCAUAUAUAAUGUGUGGAGCACUUUGGGAUCCUUUGGCAUGGAAGGUGCUCUAUAAACAGAAAAUGUGCCCACCCCGUGCCCUUCCCCCAGUUCCAAGUGGAAGCCAAGAUGAAAUUCCACUUAGUCGUCCGAAAAGAAAGAAGCCCAAAGGAAAAAAUGCACUGGAGGGUAUUGUUCAUGCAGCUGUCCGUCGGCCAUCUGAGAGUAGCGAGCCUCUAACUCCUGAGGUUCAGGAUGCUCCACCUCAGAGGAAACGCAAGAAGAAGAGAAUGCUUCCUGAAUCUGAGACCUCUUUCAUCCAGCAGAAUGUGCCCAACACAUCCUUUUUUCAAACUGGAAAUGGCAUGGAUCCCCAGCCCUCUGAAGAAACAGUGAUUCGUAAACAUCGAAAAAAAACAAAGAAGACUCGGCCAGCAGAAAUGCAGUGUUCCAAUGAACUGGGAGUGGAGGAAGAGGACAUUAUUGAAGAUGAACAAACAAAAAGUCCAGAUCAGCAACCUGUGUUUGCUGCUCCCACUGGUGCUAGCCAGCCUGUGAGCAAAGUGUUUGUUGAAAAAAAUCGGCGUUUCCAGGCAGCUGACCGCACAGAAUUGGUUAAAACCACAGAAAACAUUGAUGUAUUUAUGGAUGUAAAGGCUUUAUGGACCACCAGGGAUGUGGCACUCUCAGUGCACCGUGGUUUCAGGGUGAUUGGACUCUUUACUCAUGGCUUCCUUGCUGGCUAUGCUGUGUGGAACAUUAUUGUAAUAUACAUUCUAGCAGGAAACCAGCUAUCCACUCUCUCAAACCUGCUACAGCAGUACAAGGCCUUAGCAUAUCCUGCCCAGAGUUUCCUUUACUUGUUGUUGGCUAUCAGCACAGUUUCAGCCUUUGACAGGAUUGACUUGGCUAAAGCAUCAGUAGCCGUGCGAGGCUUCCUGACCCUGGAUCCAGCAGCCAUAGCCUCUUUCUUAUACUUUGUUGCUCUCAUCUUGUCUCUGAGCCAGCAGAUGACAAGUGACAGAAUCAACCUCUAUACACCACCUUCGGAGAAUGGGAGCCUCUGGACCGCAGGUGCAGAGGAACAGAUUCUUCAGCCAUGGAUUGUGGUGAAUCUGGUGGUAGCUCUUCUAGUUGGGCUAUCCUGGCUCUUCUUAUCUUAUCGACCAGAGCUAGAUCACAGUGAAGAACUGAUGUUUCAUACUGAAGUAGAAGAAUUUCCUCAGCUGGAUAAAGGCCUCAAUGUCCAGUCGUAGUGCAGAAAAUGCAUCUUCAAAUACUGUAGCUGAGACUGAGGACUUAGCACUUAUACAUGUUUUGUACCUGUAUAUAAUGCUUUUCUACAAAACAAAAUUUGUAUUUUUGUAUAUUUUUAUAUGUACUUGUUUCUGAUGGGUCUUUUAUUUUAAUUAUGCUAUUUUAAAAAAUUCCAAAGAUUUUUGAAUAUAGGAGUAUAAAACAUUUUAUAUUUUUUUUUCUGAUAAAGUGAGUCUUUUCUGGUAGAUAAACUCAAAACUAGUUUGGUAAACAUCACUACCUACCUAGCAUGGGAAGAAGACUGAUGGGAUACAAAAGAUCAAGUGGGCAAAUGCUUUUGUGAGUAGCAUUUUUUUUAUCCUCAACCAGUUGCAUUUGGGUGUUGAUGCUAAUGUCAGCUCAUCUGAUUAGGACAUAUUACUUGGUUAAAUAUUUGUAAAGAUUAAAACACAAGUCAUCUUACGAAAAAGUAGUAGAAUAAAAGUUAUUUUAACAGAA